CUCUUUGUGUUGCGCUCUCAGGCAACAGGAACAGGAAGCUCCACUUCCUUAACCAUGAUCCUUUGCGGGUUAUUUUCCCCUUUCUUUGUUUCCCGCACACGCUGUAUUCAGGAAGCACCCCUUCCCUGAUCCACGACCCCUUGCGGUGCAACUUCCUUUUUUUCCGGUUUGAAAGCAUCGCCAUUUUCUUUCCCUUUCCCCCCCCCCUUUUUUCCCCUUUCUUUCUUGGUGUCGUGCUUUCCUGAACUUCUGUGAUGGAACAGAGCACUUUAGCUCUGCUGGUCGCCCAAAUCCAGGUCCUUAAUGCUGUUUUGGAACUGAUGAUAAAACAGAGGAGACUGCUCUUGCAAACCCUGAGAAGAAGAAAGCAGAGGCGUUCCCUCCAGCUUAAACUAAUUGCGCAGCUGCGAAGGCGAAUGCUGCAUGGGGUGCGAGGGGGGCACACGACAAUCGUGACUAGCCUGGCAGCCUCUUCUUACUUCCACAGCAUACGCAGGGACCGCAACCUUUGGGUUAAGCAGCGCACAGCGCGGUGGUGGGAGGAUGAAGUUCUCCUGCAAUGGGAUGAGCCUACUUGGAAGGAGAAGUUCCGGAUGAGCAAGGCAACUUUGUUCCACGUUGCUGAACAGCUGAAGCCGCACCUUGAACGUCAGGAUACGGUUUUUCGCGAGGCUAUCCCCUUGGAGAAGCGAGUGGCCAUCGCGGUGUGGUGGCUGUCCAACGCUGAAUCUUACCGCCAAGUAGCCACCCUCUUCAACGUCGGACGUUCUACUGCUGGGGAGAUAGUGAGAGAGGUUUGUCUUGCAAUAGAGCACUACCUGCUCGCCCGUGUAGUGACCCUUGGGAGUUACCACAAGAUUAUGGAUGGAUUUGAAAAAAUGGGUUUCCCCCAUUGCAUUGCUGCAGUGGGCAGUUGUCACAUACCAAUAAUCGCUCCGAUGGGGCAGGCAGCAGAUUACAUAAACCACAAGGGUUUUUUUUCUAUACAUCUUCAGGGCGCUACAGAUCACACUGGUCGGUUCAUUGAUGUGGAGAUAGGAUGGAGUGGAAAGACCCAUGAUGCCUUUGUGUUCAUGAACUCUGCCCUUUGCAAAGCAAUGGAUGCUGGUGUUUUUGUUCCAGGGAACCCCACCAUCACCCUCAAUGGUGUUCAAAUACCGCCACUGGUGUUAGCAGAUGCUGCCUAUCCCAUGCGCACAUGGCUCAUGAAGCCCUAUAGUGAUCAUCUGGAUGAACGGAAGAUGAAUUACAACAUUGUUUUCAAUAGGUGUCAUAAUGUAAUUGAAAGAGCUUUCGACAGAUUAAAAAAAAGGUGGAGAAGAAUUUCUGAACGAGUUCCUGUGGCAGAGGAGAACUUGGUGUCUGUUGUGUCUGCAUGUGUUGUUCUGCACAACGUAUGUGAAUCUAGGGGUGAUUUUGUGGAGGACAUAAUGGAGAUGAGGGAGCAGGUUACAGUGCCCCCAUUUAGUGAUAAUGAGCAGUCUGGUGAGCAAAAUGCAGCCCAGGAAGAAGUGCGCAGAUCAGUUUCUUUGUAUUUACAACAGAGAACAUGUGUUAUCAAUAAGUAUUGAUAAGUAUAUAUAUUUUUUCAAGAAAUAAAGCAAGAUAAUAUCA